GGGGCGUCGCCGUGUGCAGCGACAUCAUGGCAGAGAGGCCAACUCAUGGAGAUUGGAUGCAUCGAGGAGAUGGGCGGCGUGAAGCGCCGGAGAGCAUCAAAGCCUGCGCGGGAGAACGAGAGAGAGAGAGAGGCAUGGCAGUCGCACAAGAGGAAACUCUUAUGUCAAGAAAUGGUUGAGUAUCUUGACAAUAUGAAGCAGUUCUUCGGUGUCUUGGUUCUGCUCUGGGAGAAGAUGACGUCGACGACGACGAAGGUUCGAUGAUAAUUUGUUACGUCUGCCACUCCGCUGUCUGUGCAUGAUAAGCAAUCCAGGAAUUUGGAAAAUAAAAUUGUGCGGUAUUGGCUGAAUGGCAUUGAACAAUGCCAGGAUUGCGGGAUAGGUGGGUCCAUUGACGGAGUUGGAUUCUGUUCGGAGUAAGGUUCCACACACAUAUAUCUGUGUGUGUGUUUGUGUAUAUAAAUCUAUAUUUGUCUGUAUGCUGUGUUUGAUUUCCGAAAACUUCAGGAGUGAAUGAACUCAUUAGGGUUCCCCUUGUAGUCUCUUCAGCUCAUCUUUGGACCUUGAGUAGGUUUCCAGUAAUGAAUCUUUUCCGUUGUAACACUUUCUAAGUUCUCAAUUGCAGCUCCUUUAUUCAAUCUUCUGGACCCAUGUCUCAUAGUGAUGACUUUUUUCGUUCCUGACGACAGCUCUGUGAAAGAUUGCGCUAAUGAGACAUUAUUCCUCGAUUCCCACUUUCAAGUAGCGAUUAUGAGUUUUCCUGUCGGAAACUUGUACUAAUCUGACUUUCUGGAAUGGCUUGGUUUUUAAGUGUCAGGUCUUUUGUAUCUUUACGUGAGCAUCUAGCGAAGUUUGAAUUUUUGGGAAGGAAUUCAAUCUGCAAAGUGUUUCUCAAUCUCGCGAGUAGUGACUUGUCAGUAUAGUCUACUUUAGCUACAGCUAUGAAGGACUUCUGAACGAUUACUCUGCUUCUCAAGAGUGUCAAGCCAUGCCUAGUUCAUCAUCAACCCUGUACAGUACAAGAGCAGGUCGAUGUGGAAAUAACGGAUUAUCUGAUGCUGACUCCGAUUCCCUCGCUAAUGCAGAGAGCAGAGCACAAGAGCAACACGAGAGAAGAUUAGCGAGGAUUGUAGCAGACCAGUGGAUGCAUGUAUCUCGCAAGAGACUUGAAGCGGCUUGGUGUGCUCAAAUGGUGAACUGUUGGCGUGAUGUUUGCACGGAAAGUAGAUGGGUUAGAAGCCAAACAUAUUUUGCGGACAAGCAUCAUACAUACCAGAAAUUUAUGAAGGCUUUCAAUGCUUUACGUGAGGGCAGUCGGACAAAAUGGAAAAACCAACUUGCUGCGGCAAAGUUUCACAAGGAAGUCCUCGAAAAGAAGACAUUAAGAGGUCUGUUUAAAGCGCAACAGAGUCGCAAGCAACAGCAUAAGCAACUUUAUUUAGCAAAGGCUUUUAAAGCUGUGAAGCACUAUCAUGAAAAGAAAAAGUUAUUGAGGUGUAUGUAUAAUGGCGCACAAAUAUUCCAUGGUACUUCACUUAAGAGGCACGCAUUGAAUUGCCUUUCUAAUCAUCAUCAGCGGGUCAAGUUAGAGUCAUCUCGCGAAGCUACUGCAUCCUGUCAUUGGAAGAAGUUCACGAGAUCCAACGUAUUGAAGCGUUGGGGCACCAUCGCAUGCAGGAUUGCAAAAGCUAAAAAACAGAUCGACGAAUCCCGCACAGUAUUCCUCAAAGGUUUACAAAAACGGUGUAUGGAAAAUUGGUAUUUGGUGACAAAUGAAAGGAAGAGGGCUAUCCAAAGUAAGUUUGUUCAAGCUUACCAGGAGGUCAAAAAAUCACGGCAGAAACGGACGUUGAAAGUUUGGUCUCAAUGGCACAGAGAGAAACAGCUCAGACGUCUGAAAAGCGAACAAAUAGCAACAAUGCACAGCGGUCGGACUUCUGCUGCAGUGACAAAAGCAUGGCAAGACUAUGCGCGGGAGAAGGGAAAAGGUCGAGCCAAGUCGUCCAUAGCCUUCAGUUUCAGAAGAAAGCAAGUUCUUUUAGAUGCAAUUGCAGUCUGGAAAGCUUAUCAGGCCAAAAAGGAAAGAGCUGGAGCUGCAGCAUUGAAGGCAUUGGUACAUUUGAAGCAAAAUCUAGCACAAAAAAGCAUGGAUUCAUGGAAGCCAUGGCAUGAGAAACAAAUGUCAAAAAAAAAAGGCAGGGAGGAGGCACUCAAUAUCUACAAAUACCGGCUACAGAGAUGGGCGUGUGAGCGGAUCUUGGCAGUGGGACUCAUGCUUCAAGCAUUGCGUCUUCAAAGCAGAAUGAGAAAGCAAUCCAUGUCCUUCGCCUCAGCGUACAUGAAGGUAGCACCGUAUGCGAGAAAGUGGUGGUAUCUGUCCCAAAGGCGUAGCAACCUCAGAAGAGCAAUUCUGCACCCUAAGGAAGCAGGAUCUCCUAAGGUCAUUCAGAAGAAAGAAAUACCGCUUGCAAGCUCCGAACAACCCGUCAUGCAAGAGAUUUUGCUGCGGAUUGGUAUUGAAAGAGAUGGUCUCAAAAUUCAACACGAGAGACCUGCUCCGCUCCUGGUAGACAUGAACAACACACAUGAGAGACCCCAACCAAGAGGGAGAAUGUUAUUAUCUCCCCCGUCAUCAAUUCCUGCAGAAGUUCCUCUGGUUCCUGCUUCUCCGGCUGUUAAAGAACGACCAGCAGCUCGGAGACCUGCCUUCCUGACAGUCCACAUUCCGAGCUCAUAACAGAAAUUCCUCCAGCUCCUUCGAACUAAGAUCCCAGCAUUUAAGAACCAAAGAUUGUGGAAUGAGUUGUGAUGCUUUCACCUUUUCUUCCUUGACCCACUUUGUUUCUACAGAUUUCUGCUCUCAGUUAUCAAUAUACAAGUACUAGCCAGUGUCGAGAAUGUCGGUAGUAUUGCCUUGGGAAUGCAGAGUUUACCUUGUGAGUGAUGUUCGAAACCUUCCAGUUGUUUUUUGUAGCCUGAAACUGCUUUGAAUUAGUGAAGAGAGUUUAAACUAUUUAAUUUCUUGUUUCUAUUAUUCUUGCAUAACUUACCUCCCUGAAACAUUUUACCAUUGAUCACAUCUGUCCACGGUCUUCUAAACAACCAUGUCUUGUAUAAAGAUGAGCAACAUUUUUUUUAUACAAAAAGAAAUUCAA